GGAGGAAACGAGCAGAUAGGAAGUUUUCAACAUCCGCAGAUGGAUUUUGAAUUUGCUACUUGUAAUGGAGCAUUCUCUGGUUCUGGAGAAAAUAUGCAGCCUCUGUAUGCUCCUAGUGGUUCAACCACAUAUGGGGAGACUGUCGCAAGCACGACGGAAGCUCAACAUAUACCUGAUUCGAAUAAUGUUGGGGCAGCAAAUCGUGUUGACUUUGAUACUGCACCAAGUCUUAAUCCUGAUGCUAUAUCAUCUGUAGCUCCUCAGCACAGCGCAACAUCAAGCAACGCCAGCCGAGAGGAGAAUGACGGAUUUAGAACUCUAACAUCUUCAUCUGUAAUGGAGACCGAGGAGAAUCAUAUUCUGCGGCAAGACGAUCAAGUUGAACUUGAAAAUGAUGCCGCACCACAAGAAGAGUUUCCACCUGCGGCAAAAAGACAGCGAGUCGAACAAGAGGCGGCCUCUGUCUCUGUGGUAAAUAAAGCAGAUGCGCAGAGCGUAUUUGAGCUUCCUACUUGUUUUCCUCGUCCUUCCCUUCCAGCUAACGCUGACGUUCACAACGCAUCAGCACAACACGAAGUCCUCUCAUCUUCUUCAAUACCACAACUGCCUUCGUCCUCAUCGUCAUCUACUUCUUCAUCCACCAGUAUAAUGGAAGCGCUACCAACAGUGGUUCCUGCCACGAGGCCCACAAGUACAACGGGUUCGGAGAUGCCAGUCCCUCCAGUCCCUACUUCAACAAACGAUACCUUCAAGCGAAAAUCGGUUCCACUCACAGGCUAUGGGCGUCCCUCGACAAUAGUUGUGAAGAAGACAGCAGUCCCGAAGAGCUCUGCUCUGGCAGCGGUGGAAGUGGUUGAAGAUUCCUCUUCGAUUCUGUCUGAAGAUGUAGAGCAGAAGAUGGAUGUAGAGAAGAUGACCCCAUUUGUGGUUGAAGAUUCUUCUUCGAUUUUUUCAUACCAGGACAAGAUGAUGUUGAAUCCAUUCAAUGAGGCGCCUUCUUUGUUUUCUGAUUCCGGACUUGGUGG